AUGGCGGCGAGGAAAUUGCAGCAAGAAGUCGACAAGUGCUUCAAAAAGGUGGCCGAGGGCGUGGCCGAAUUCGAAGCAAUCUACGACAAAAUCGAGCAGUCGAACAACCCAGCCCAGAAGGAAAAGCUCGAGGACAACCUCAAGCGCGAGAUCAAGAAGCUCCAGCGGUUGCGUGAUCAGAUCAAAACAUGGGCAGCGAGCAACGAUAUCAAGGACAAGGCUCCUUUAUUAGAGCACCGCAAACUCAUCGAGACGCAAAUGGAAAAGUUCAAAGCGGUCGAGAAGGCUAUGAAAACCAAAGCUUACUCCAAAGAAGGUCUAUCGGCAGCGGCCAAGCUGGAUCCAAAGGAACAAGCAAAGGUUGAAGCUGGCGAAUUUUUGAGUAAUAUGGUUGACGACCUGGAACAACAAAUUGAAUCCCUAGAGGCCGAAAGCGAAUCUAUACAGGCGACGAUGAAAAAGGGCAAGGGCCAGUCUGCCAAGGCUGAACGAAUGGCCGAGAUCGACAGAGUAAUAGAAAGACAUAAAUGGCACCAAGGAAAGCUGGAACUGAUUCGAAGGUCUUUGGAGAACGGUGCUGUCGAGACAGAACAGGUAAAUGAAAUGGAGGAGAACAUUCGAUACUAUGUCUCGGAUAAUAUGAAUGACGACUUCAUGGAAGACGAGGGCAUAUACGACGAGUUGGAUCUGGAGGACGAAGAAGGCACGUAUGGUAUGGUCCAGGAGAACGAAAAGAGUUCAUCCCAGGAUGCACAAUCCGUUCAAGACGAGGUUAUGCCCGAGCCCGAACUGUCGUCAAAACCUUCGAGAAAAGUACCCAAAGAGAUCGAUGCCUCGGCGCGGAAAGCCUCAUCCCAAACCAGAUCCCCUUUGCCGGCACUCGCUACACUGCACACUCCUUUAUCUUCAACAAGCACCGGUGGUGUUGCAAAUUCGUCAAUGAAGCCAGCUGCUGCGCCUGCAAGACCAGCAGGAGAGGGUCUCAAGUACGCGUCUGCCGCCGCUGCCGCUGCCGCAAGCGAUAAGAGCAAUGUAGGUAUUGCACCGUUGCCGCCACCGCCAGGAUCCAGCGUGGGGAUAUCACCUCUGCCGCCAGUCCAGCCAAGAACAAGUGCGACAAAUUCCCCAGCUAUUGCUCCGGCACAGCCAGCAACAGGCUCCGAAUCGAAAGGCCCGGCUCCCCCAGCGGAGCCCGAGAUUUCCAUCAUGACGAGGCCAUCCAAGAAGAAGGGUCCAGGGAAGCAGCCUGCUGUUGCCCAGCACGCGGAAGGCUCAACAGCCCAGGCAAAUGGGACCACCAAUGGUAUAAAGCCGAUUGUGGAGGAAACAGAGGAGUCCAUUUACCACUUACCUUCAUCAUUGCAAGAUCUAGUCGAUUCUUAUGAAGCAUCAAGAAAACGGCCACUGCACCCAUCUGCUCAGUCUACAUUGCGACUGAUGGCGGCCAGCCAAGCGGCAUUACCAGACGCGGUAGAUGCCGACGUCCCUCGGAAUUACCGACCCGAUGUCCCUAUGCCUCAAACAGGCUCUGGCUUUCCUCGUGAACCGCUGCCCAUCUUUGACGACCCUCGUCUUUACGCGAGGAUAGAUCCUGACACUCUGUUCUACGUCUUCUACUAUAAGCAGGGAACUGCUCAGCAGUAUCUCGCCGCUAAAGCACUCAAGGAUCAAAGCUGGCGAUUCCACAAGCAAUAUCAGACGUGGUUCCAGCGACAUGAGGAGCCCAAGAACAUCACGGAGGAGUUUGAGCAAGGGACAUAUCGCUUCUUCGACUAUGAAAGCACCUGGAUGAACCGCAGAAAGGCAGACUUUAAGUUUGCUUACAAAUUCCUCGAGGACGAGGCUUAUCACGGUGGCACGAAUAGGUAG